GUUAUGAAAUACAUGUACAUGUAUGACUGGUCUUUGUUAUGUAGGAAUUGAAGUAACAAAUUAAGGAUACGUUUAGGGAAAAUAUAGGUCGUUGACAUUCAUAGGAUAGUCUCAAGAUGCUGCAAUCCAAAAUUGGUUUCGUGCUAAAUGUUUUAUUCAUUGUGUAUUUUACAUCAAAGUCAGCAAUUGGACAGACUGGCCAAACGGUGACCUUGGCAUGUAGGAGUUGCAAUAGAGCUUCUAGCCUAGACCAAUGUAGCGGAUCUAUAACAUGUGGCGUCAAUGAGAUAUGCUAUUUGGACGAGCUCAUUACCAAUCAGAAGACAGUGGUAUACAAUGCUGGUUGUCGAGCAAAUGACGUUUGUAUUGAAUUUUCAAAAAUACUGUUUAACUAUUUUUAUUCUUUUUUCAUACAUGUGUAGAAAAAAGUGAAGUUUGGACACAUUUUUUAAACAAUUUUCUUUGGACAAGAAACUGCUAUCUGAUGGAUACUUGGAAUAAACGUGAUAAAGAAUACAUUUUAGGAUUGGUAGAUUCUUUCGUUAUUUUCUCUGUUGACCUUUCGGUACCACAAACACUAUUAAAGUAUUAUGACACUAUCCGCCUUCUUUGGGUGUAGGGUCGGAUACAGCGAUGAUUGUGUUAAUUGAUAUAUUGGUAUACAUGAUAUCAAAUGGCAGGACGUGAAGUGGUUGCAUACUUGGUUCAGGCGAGAAAAAAAAGCAAACUUGAUAAAAUGGCAAACGAGUUAUGGAUAUUUAUAACA